CAGGAGCGCCAAAUUUACCGGGAUCCGAAGGGAGGAGCUGCAGAAGGGGCUGCUAUAGUUAAAAUUAAUGUCAACCUGCCUCCUCGCCGGGAGAACGAACCCAGCACAGAUAGCGAAAGUACGUGCUCAGCGCAACCUGCGAGCCGCUCUUCACAUAUUAACAUGGCUCGGCGGCCGAGAAACAGUGUUUACAGUAGUGAGGAGGAUGAGGAGGAAACCGAGAUGUACGAACAUGAUUACGAUGGAGCACUGGCAAAGGCAGGGAAACGCCACCUUGGAAAAACACGCUGGACACGUGAAGAGGAUGAGAAGUUGAAGAAACUUGUAGAGCAUCAUGGAUCAGAGGACUGGAAACUCAUUGCUAGCUUACUAACUAAUCGUACAGAUGUGCAAUGUCAGCACAGGUGGCAGAAGGUUCUCAACCCAGAACUCAUCAAAGGGCCGUGGACUAAAGAGGAGGACCAGAGGGUGAUAGAGCUGGUUCAGAAGUACGGAGCCAAGCGCUGGUCGGUGAUAGCCAAGCACCUGAAGGGGCGUAUCGGCAAGCAGUGCCGCGAGCGCUGGCACAACCACCUGAACCCAGAGGUGAAGAAGACUUCAUGGACCGAGGAGGAGGACCGAAUCAUCUACCAGGCACACGAGAAGCUGGGCAACCGUUGGGCUGAAAUCGCUAAGCUGCUCCCUGGCAGGACCGACAAUGCCAUAAAGAACCACUGGAACUCCACCAUGAGGCGGAAGGUGGAACAGGAAGGCUAUCUUCAGAACACGUCAAAGAACAACAACUCCUCACACUCCAUCAGCCACGGCUACGUCAAGACCACCAAUCACAUUAUGGGUUUCCCCCACCACUCGCCCAAUCACGCGCAGCUGUCACCACUCAACUACAGCUACAUUCAUGACACACACAGAGUGCCCUUCCCCAUGGCCUUGCAUUUAAACAUCGUGAACAUUCCCCAGCAUGGAACAGCUGCUAUACAGAGACACUAUAGUGAGGAGGACCCUGAGAAGGAGCAGAGGGUGAAAGAGAUCGAACUGCUGCUUAUGUCAACAGAGAAUGAGCUUAGAGGCCAGCCAUCACUACCAAUGAACUUGCCCUAUACGAACUGGGCCAGCCAGUGCUCUCUGACCAACAGCUCAGAGGGUGUGGCUAUGUCGUUACCUCAUCACCAAGCAGCCGCCCCUUCCCUGCCUCUUGAUCAGAGCUGCCUACCUGAGGAGAGCGCCUCUGCAACACGUGCCCACAGCAACAAUGUCAGCAAUAAUAACAACAACAACAACAGCAACAGCCACCACAGCAGUCCAACUUUCUCAAAUACUAUUCCAGAGUUCAUGGAAUCAGAGUUCUUUGAAUCACGCCUCGCCUCAGUGGGUGAGGCCAGUACCAGCGGGUUCUCGGAUAGGAACGUUUUCAGAACAGACAGGGUCUUGCCCAAUCAGGGCUCAAGAACUGCUCACGGAGCAUGGGCUGGUGUCAUCUGCUCAACUCCCAAGCCCUCGUCAGUCAGAAACCUACCCUUUUCACCCUCACAGUUUUUCAACCCGUCAGUGAGCCCAGAACACUCCGACAGCGACAGUUUACCAAUGAGCUCGCCUGUAGACUCUAAGCCUCUGAUCGACCACACUGUCAGGCCUCAGAAAGAGAAUGAAAUGUUCAGAACUCCAAACAUUCGUCGUUCAAUCCUGGAGUCCUCUCCCUGCACACCCACACCUUUCAGGUCAGCCCUGGCCCUGCAGGAGGCCAAGUAUGGACUCAAACUACUGAACCCCCCUUUGGAUCAGCAGAUGGUUGAGUCCAUUAAGCAGGAGCCUAUGGAGUGUGCCAUCGAGCAGCCUCCUCUCAAGAAGAUAAAGCAAGAGGUGGAGUCCCCAUGUGAGAGAAGCCUGUGUAUGCAGUGGGAAGGACAAGGCCUUUUCACACAGCUCUUCUCCCCCAGCGGCCCUGCACAGGAAGUACCUGACUUAAUUACUAGCUCAUUAUUGAGCGAAGAUGGACACAAAACUUACCACAUCCCUCGCAGGACCAUGGGCAGCCCUCUACAGCAGCUCAGUUCCUGGGAGCAGGUGACCUGUGGGAAAACAGAGGAGCACGUUUUGGCCUCAGAGCAGAGCCACAAGUACAUCAACACUUAUCCUACGAGGACACUGGUCAUGUAGACAGAGACACACGUUGAUCUGGAAACAUCAACAUUCCCUGCGCUGGGAAAACCCACGGGUUUCAUAUUUGUUGUGGUACAACAGUUGGGAGAGGCUCUAUGCCAUCGGUGUUUUUACACUCACACUUGUUGGAUUUCAACCAACCAAAGACUGUCUUUUUUUGUUUUUGAAAUCUUUUAUAUAGAAUUUGCAUUUGGGCUUUUAUAAAUGUACGUCCUAUCUCUUUUGGUCCUGUCGAUGUAUUAUUAUCAAUGUUGUAUUAUAAAUGGGAAAAGGUAGCUAUAUAAUUUGCAUUUGGGCUGUAUUAUUAAUUACGAAUUUUGAUAUUAAUAUAAAGAACAAGUUGAUUAAUUUAUUUCUUUCGUUUUGAUGAUGACUUUGUUGUUGUAUUUUUUACAAUUGGCCAAUGGAGCAGUGUUUUAAGUUAAGUAUUUAAGCCCUAUUAGCAUUAUCCAAAGGCAUAUUAAUGAAUUGAAAACUGACCUCUGUAUUUCAGUCAUGAAUCUUUUAUUUUUUCUUUUCUUUUUUUUUUUUUAAUAGGCUAUAAUGGGUCUACUGAGAAUUUCAAGUGUUUGGUCUAGGUCACCUCAUGUUAACACUUAACUACUGAACAAGAAUUGCUGUCUGUUCUUAUUCAACUAUGAAUGGUCAUGUUUUACACGACAGAAGGGGCCAACCUUACUAGUAUUAUCUGAUUACUACAUUGGCACCUUUUUAUUUCAUGAAAAUUGAGCUUUCAUUUCAACUUUGAAUUUAUGUCUGGCCUUUACAGUGUCCUGUGACGUGAAACAUUCAAUGAACAAACAUUGUACUUGUUAAAAUUUAAGUAUAUACACAGUAUAUUUAUACGUUUAAAAAAAAAUCUGAAUUUAGCUUAUAUGUUUGAAACCAUGAGCUUCAUCCAGUAAGAGUAAGAUCAAGCUGCACUUGAAUGUUAUGUUCUCCAUAAAAAAGAGAGAGUACUAAACACUGAUAUUUUAUAUAAUGCUACAAACAAAAGCCCAAUCGAAACUUUUGCAUGGUUGUUGUUUUUUUACACAUUUCUUUGAAUAGUUUUGUACUGUUUUAUAAUGCAUAUUCAAUCAGCAUGUUGCUUUCUUACUAAGACUGCAGUAGCCCAUGUCAAACACUUAGGAGACAAUCUUUUUUUAUACAGUUAAUGCCUUUUUUAUACUAGCUUUUGAGCAAAAAUGAUUUUAUAAAAGCAUUUAUACAUGCCAAGUUUUCAUGUUUUUAUACUUUUAUAUACUGCCUAGUAA